ACUGACAGUGACAAUUUUCGACAAAACAACUGUUGAAAACAAAACCCUUUUUUGUCCUUGUACUUGCAGUAAUAGUUUACAUAAAUCACGGACUAAUAUUUUUGUACAACUCAUUUUUAGUUAUGGUUGACGACAAAGUGGAAAUGAAUAACGAAGCUGAAAGUUAUUCCAGUAUCAACACAAAUGAUCCAAAAAAUGUCCAAGAAUUAACACAAUACGUUCAAAGUUUGUUGCAAACAAUUCAGGAUAAAUUUCAAAAUAUGUCUGACCAGAUAUUAACUAGAAUUGAUGAGAUGGGGAAUCGAAUAGAUGAUUUAGAAAAAAAUAUAGGUGAUUUAAUGACACAGGCAGGUGUUGAAGGAACAGAAAAAUGAGUCAUGUACUUACUACGAAAUAAUAUUAUUGAGUUAAAACUAGGUAAAUAAUCCUAAGUAGUGCAUAACUAUUAGGCUUAUGGCUCUAAUACAAAUAUGUAUAAAAUAAAACAUAUUUUUAGUUUUUGCUUAUGUUUUCAUUUUACUGUUUAUCUGGUAGGUUUCGACCUGCUCCGAAAUAGAUUGGAUGAAUUUUACUAAAUGGAUAGUACAGAAUAUGUUUCUAUUUAAUAAAGAUUCACAAUCCGAUCUAUUAAGAAUAGAUAUUGGGACAGAAAUUUAAAUUUGUACUGAUUCCCAACUUUUAAUUUGCUAUUCCUUUCAGAAUGGAUUGUAACCUACAAGAUAAAUGAAGUUUAUGAACUACAGAAAAUAUUUAAAUCAAAAUAAUUAAUAAUUCAAGGUAAAAAUACAUUUCUACCAAAGAACUCGUAAAGUUUUAGUUAAGCGCAAGUUAAUAGUUUUAUUUUAUUUUAUAUGUACACAUAAUAACAAUAAACAUUUUUGUAUUUACAAA